AUGAGAAAGUCCAUCAUCACUGCUUCACGAACAUUCACUUCAUCACUCAGAGCAUCCACAACAACAAUCCAAUGCUCUCUCUUUCAUACAUCAAACAGAUCCAACUCCUUCAAUUUUGCGGAUGAGGACGUAAAAAUUCAAACAGUGUUCAAACCCGAACACGCACAAAAGAUCGUUAAUUGGGCGUAUGAUGGUGCUUGGGAUAAAAUUGCUGACUUUAAAAAGGAAUUAGAAGGAAAGAAGUCAUAUGGCAAUGAAGCUUUGGAAUGUGCUGAAACCAAAGACUACAAGAGACUAGUUUCUCUCAAACAAUACUUUGAUGCCAAUGAUUUAUUGGAAAUUGAUGAUGUUGUUAAAUUCAUUGUGGCUUUCGGAAAGCUUGGUAGUGUACCUGAUGCUGAAGUUGUCUAUGAGUAUUAUCUCCAAAAGAAGGCAGGAACUGAUAGAGAGGUCGUUUGUUUACGAAACGCCAUGUUGUUUGCAUAUCUCGAAAAUGGAGAAGAAGAGAGGGCUCAAAACUUUUUUGUCAAUUAUCCUGUUGCACCAACAGUGGCUACCUAUGAUUUAGUUAUGAAACAUUCUUGGAAGAAUUAUCCAACCAAAGUGUACGAUCACCUCAGAGUGCUUACAGGAAUUGCUGGUGCCUCGUCCUCAUCACAAUAG